AAAUGAGUUACAACCUGUCCCUUACGUCUCGCCGUAGCUUAACGUUCACAGUUGCAUAGCGUGUCGGUCAAAGUUGACUUCAACUCGUGCACACUGCUCGAAAGCUGCGGCAUUUGACAUUUUUCCAGUUUUUCCAACAAUGUCGGCAGGAAAUAUAUCCCGAUUUUGGGAAUGGGGAAGGAAGAUCAUUUGCGUGGGCAGAAACUACGCGGAGCACGCCAAAGAGCUGAAAAACGCCGUCCCCACGGAACCGGUGCUGUUCUUGAAGCCGCCUUCCGCCUACGUCCGGGAGGGCUCCCCUAUCCUAGUGCCCUUUUACUCCAACAAUCUGCACCACGAGGUGGAGCUCGGUGUUGUGAUCGGCAAGGGGGGCGCGGCCAUCCCACAGUCCACCGCUAUGGAGCACGUAGCGGGCUACGCGCUGUGCUUGGACAUGACGGCCCGGGACGUGCAGGACGAGUGCAAAUCCAAAGGUCUUCCCUGGACUCUGGCCAAGGCUUUCGACACCUCUUGCCCGGUGAGCGAAUUCAUCCCUAAGGAGCGCAUCCCCGAGCCGGGCAACGUCAAUCUGUGGUUGAAAGUCAAUGAGCAGCUGAGGCAAAGUGGCUGCACCUCCCACAUGAUCUUCUCCAUCCCCUACCUCGUCAGCUACAUCAGCGACUUCAUCACCCUGGAUGAGGGCGACCUGAUCCUCACCGGGACCCCUAAAGGGGUGUCGGCCGUUCAGGAGCACGACGAGCUGCGGGCAGGCAUCGAUGGAGUCGUCACGAUGACCUUCAGAGUUGAGAGGAAAGCUCACUAGCAGUGGUCAACUGAAUAAAAAAUCAACAGAAAAUUGUUCAAAUUAUGACUGAGGGGCGAAAUUUAAGGAGGUAUAUCGAGGGCAAAAGUUUUGUACUUGAAAAAACACAAAAAAAUACUUGAAUCUGAAAAUAAACGUGCUGAGUUUAAAAUGUGAAAAAUAAAACAAUGUAAUAAAAAUAAAAA